AUGACAAUAGAGAGUAGUAGCAGUGAUAGUAUUGGUAAUACUAGUAGUAGCAGUAGUGAUAGUAGUGGUAAUACAAGUAGUAGUAGUGGUAGCAGUGGUAAAACUAGUACUAAUAGCAGUAGUAGUAGUAGCAUUAAUAGUAGUAGUACUAGUAGUAGUGGUGGCAGUCGUAGUGGUAGAACUAGUAGUAGUACUAGUAGUAGUGGUGGUGAAACUAGUAGUAGUACUAGUAGUAGAGGUAGUGAAACUAGUAGUAGUACUAGUAGCAGUGGUGGUGAAACUAGUAGUAGUACCAGUAGUAGUGGUGGUGAAACUAGUAGUAGUACUAGUAGUAGUGAAACUAGUAGUAGUACUAGCAGUACUGGUGCUGAAAUUAAUGGUAGUACUAGUAGUAAUGGUGGUGAAACUAGUAGUAGUACCAGUAGUAGUGGUGGUGAAACUAGUAGUAGUACUAGUAGUAGUGGUAGUGAAACUAGUAGUAGUACUAGCAGUAGUGGUGGUGAAACUAGUAAUAGUACCAGUAGUAGUGGUGGUGAAACUAGUAGUAGUACUAGUAGUAGUGAUAGUGAAACUAGUAGUAGUCCUAGUAGUACUGGUGCUGAAACUAAUAGUAGUACUAGUAGUAAUGGUGGUGAAACUAGUAAUAGUACCAGUAGUAGUGGUGGUGAAACUAGUAGUAGUACUAGUAGUACUGGUGCUGAAACUAAUAGUAGUACUAGUAGUACUGGUGCUGAAACUAAUAGUAGUAUACCUUUGAUUUCUGUUUUUGUUGAUAGUCAAACAUUACGUGAAAGAGGAUCGGAAUCGGUGACUUUGAAACGUUCCUAG